AUGGAGGGCUAUUAUCGUUGGUGGUCACUGGUCACUCGCUCGCCAUCAGCAGGCCCUGGACCGUCCACACUGGUGUUGCCUGUGUUGGUCCGCUCCUCGGCGGCACGAGCCGGGCAGGCCUGGCUGGGCUUUUUUCAGGGUGUCAUGCGGGCUGGAUUGGUGGCGUAUUCGAGGCUGCAGCGAAUCAGGACUGUGGCGGACGCCCGUUUUGUCCAUUGCGCAUCCCAGCCUGGACGUGUUGGUUGUUAUGUAGGUAGGGGGCAGCCGAGGCUCGACGGUAUGAGGCGAAGCGAGACCUAG